UCGUAAAACUAUGGGCGUCUCGUCUCCUUUCCCCUCCUCGCGCGCUGCGGAGGCGCCGUCUGGAGCUAGGAGGCAUGCCUCGAUCCCGGUGACAAGCGGCUUGCUUGGCUAACCUAGUUGUUGACUCGUUUCCGUCGGGUGCGACGUCCACGGGUGAACCCCUGGCCUUCGGCAUCGGGGACUCCAUUGGGCUCGCCAGGUUCAACGACAGCUACCUUGACCGAAGGUUCCGGCCGCGGAUCUGAUGACGGACAGAUGACUUAUGCUGCAGCUCUCCAACCAAGCCGGUGACGGACAGGCGGGUUGAGGCUUUGGUCAAAACUCGGGCGGUUUGUCUGGGUUUUAGGGUUUCGAUUUUGGAGCAUCCAAUCGGGAGGCGCCGGUGAGUGAGUGGCAAUGGGUUGCCGUCCGUUCUUUAAUGUGACAAGGGAUAUAUCUCGCGGUGUUCAUGGGAAGUGGCGCCUCUUCAAGGGUUGCAUACAUGGAGAUAAUAGCAUCACUGUACAGUGAACGACUUUGAGACUGCUAUAUGUUUGCUGGGGAGGGGAUGAAUCACGCCAUGAUAAAUGGGAUACAUAUAUCUCAACGAUGAUGGGGAUGUCACUUCUCUUCGAUGAAAUGGUUGAUCAGGCUAAUCUUUGUUUGGAAAUAGCGGCCGAGAGAAUCAAGAAAAGCACUCUUGUGGUUGGAUAUAUCUAUGAUAAUCUGGGAGCAAACUACAUGGAGACGAAUUGGCUGCAAUCAAGUGUACAGAUGCUUUUAGUUGAAAGGAUAUCACGGAUGUGUAAUUGGCCAUAUCGUGUUCUGCUGAGAUGUAUCAGAGCCUUGCUAUAGAUCUGCUGAGCUAUUAAGGACUCACUUUGCAAAGUUGUGUCGACGCCAGUAUUCCUAUCUUGUGAUGAUUUUACAGCAAUCAAUCAUCAGAGAAAUCCAUCUGCUGCAGCCUACAGGGACGAACAUCUAGUGGCUCCUGGGAGUAUCAGCACCCAUCACGACAGAGAGACAGAUGACAACGCGCCAUCUCAACCUUCACAUAUAUGAGUUGAUCCAGUAAUCUGAGUCUUGUGGAUCUCAUGGUAAUCUAAUUCACCAGAUGUCUUAAUAUUCUCUUACCAGGGACCAGAGAAGAUGCUGCUCACCAGGUACGUUCUCUCACCCCAUGGGCUGCUCGAAUCCUUGUCCAUGAUCGAGCAUAUGAGCUUUUAGCCAUAUCCAAUUUAUACACUUGAUUUGGCAAGAUAAGAAUGCCUUCUUUUCUUCUUCUUUUGUUGCAAGCUUCAUCAGGGGAAAUGGAGCAUGAAUCCGUCAACGUGUGAGCUCAUUGGUGGGGCGGCUGCGAGCUUUCCGUCUCCCCUCUGAUCGACAAAGGCCAACCAAUCCACUUCGAUCCCACCCACCUGGUCGCGUUCACAACGGUACAGAGCUCAACUCCUGGAACAAGAGAGCCAACAAACCUGGAGCAUCAAUUCUCUUUCCAGCCACUGGUUUCUUAGCGAGACACGAAAAGAACAGAUUGGCGCCUGGACGCCACAAGUUCCAUCAACCACUGUGCAUGUACAACGCAUAGCCAAUACCCACCACGAUGUUGAAGAAGAGCACGAGGGUCAAAUCCGAGGAUUAAAUUACACACGCCUCCCUUUUGUGGCACUUUUAAAUGAGAAGGAAUACGACCCUUCCGAAGCCAUCGCUCCGACUGAUCUACAUGCAUCGAACCCAGAAUCGAAUCCAUCCCCCCUCCUACAACCGUCGAUUUGCAUGUCGUAGAAUUUGGACCGUCUGAUUUCGAUUCGAUGCUGCCGCAGUUGGAGAGGAUCCGACAUUCUUCCUCUGGACCCACCGCUUCCCUCCAAGUCUAAGGCCCCCUGGCAACCCAAAGCCGCCUUCCACUGUGAGCUGCCCACCCGCAUGGGAGGAGGCGGAGAGCGGAAGGAGGGCGACGAGGCCAAGUACCGCGGCGUCCGACGCCGGCCGUGGGGGAAGUAUGCGGCGGAGAUCCGUGACCCCAGUCGGCACGGCGCCCGCGUCUGGCUCGGCACCUUCGGCACCGCCGAGGAGGCCGCCCGUGCCUACGACAAGGCCGCCUUCCAGAUGAGGGGCGCCCUCGCCGUGCUCAACUUCCCCGACGAGGUCGUCCAUUAUCGCGGCGGCGCAACCUCCUCCUCCUCCUCCUCGUCGGCCACGGGCCGACCUCGCAGGAGCGCCACCACCGGGAAGCAGGUGAUCGAACUGGAGUGCUUGGACGACAAGGUGUUGGACGAGCUUCUGCAGUCGAGUGAAGGCUUCAAGUAAAAGCUGUGUAACUAUCGAGUCCAUUAAAGAGUCUAAUCUUAAGCUUCUUCGUAGUAGAAAGCUUCUUGUGUUACAUGAAUGCUCAAGAUUUGAUGACAAUAAGAAAGAGUGAGAUGCGGUAGCUUUUUGGAUCCAAUAACUCGGCCGAGAUGUUCUCUCUCGAGGCCAACUGGUCGAAGUUACUGUAUUUGACCUUCAUGAGAAGGAAGAUAGCAUUGACUUCUUAUGUCUGUACGGUUGGCUGUAAUGUUGCAUAGGGGAAUGAAUGCAUGUUCGGGUCAAGCUGUGCGCAGCUGCAGGGACGAGAGAUCAAAAGCCAAACAGUU